AUGGGCCGCGGCGGCCGCAGCCAAGGGGCGGACUGGCGCGGCACAGCCCCGUGGCACACGCAGCAGCAGCAUCAACAGGGCGGCUGGCAGCGGCGUGUGCCCAGCAAGCCAAGGCAGAGGCAGAGCAGCCAGAAGAGGCGUGGGGAGUACCUCGUCUGCCCGUACUGCCCACCAGGCGAGAGCUGGGUGUACACCAAGCGUGCGGGCACUCCAGGCUGGGAGGGAUGUAAGACCUGCACAUACACGUGGCCCAAGCCCGCCGACCUCAAUGACAAGGACAAGCUGGCGGCGAAACAGGUCCUGGCCACGCUCGGACUGGAUGAUGACAGCCUCCGUGCGAUCCAGGCUGUGGUCAAGUCCGCCAAGACGUCGGGGGACACCCAGACCGCCCAGGCAGCCGAGACGCUGGCCAAGCUCCCCGUGCUGGCGCCUGCACCAGAGGGGCCCGCCAACCCUGAGCCCAAGCUGGGGGUGCGCUUGGAGGCCGCUGCGCUGCGCUGGAGACAGGCCCAGCAGGCCCAGGAGAAGGUCACAGGCCAGCUCGCGCAGCUGGACGAGCGCAGGCAGGAGCUGCUGGUCCAGCUCGACGAGACCACCGACGAGGUCAUCGAAGCCAAGGUCCAGCAUGAUGAGCUCCAGAGCGAGGUCAACAAAGCAGGAGGAGGCGCACACACGCCACAGCCCACGCAGCAGCAGCAGGCCACCGAGGACCAGUGGGGCGACUUGCCCGAGCUCUCUGAGGAGGACCUGGAGCUCCUGGACCCCGACGCCAAGACCAAGUACGCCGAGGCCGCAGCGCUUGCGCGGCAAGCCAAAGAGGUCUACAGUGCCGCCAAGGACCAGAGCACGUCGAUCAAGGAGGUCGCCGACACCCUCAGAGAGUUCCAGGCCAAAGUCACUGCCAAGAAGCGCCGCCGUGUGGGAGACGGAGAAGGAGAAGCUACAGAGGAGGCCAAGGUCGAAGUCAAAGAGGAGGCCGCUGGAGCCACCACCGACCCCGCCAAGUGCGAUUUCUCCAACGCCGAUGAUGUCAAGCAGUACCUCGACCAGACCACAGCCAUCAGGGCUCGGCAGCGUGCAGCCAAUGCUCAGGAGGUGGCACCCAAAGGGCAGGACGACAAGGGCGAGCAAGGCACUGACACUCACGGCCUGCUGAACGCCACGAAGUUCCUCCGCUGGUGCGAGGGCCGCAGACUUCUGCCCACGCCCGAGCCCAACGGCAACCAGGCGGCCAGCUGGCGACUGCCAAGGGGAAGCGGCAUCAGGACACAGGCGGACAGCCUGAGCGUCGAGUCCGUUUUGGCACCGAGCCAGGCCAUGGCGAACCAGGUCAGCGCCCUGGACACCAAGCGCGCCAAGCAGCUAGGCAGACCAGCCCGCACCAGCGACCAGACCCAGGUGCACACCCUCAAGACGCCGAUGAACCCGUGCGCGCCAGCAGCCGCAGAGCAGCCGCGCGGCCAGGGCAAGCAGAACGCAGGGAGGGCACGCAUGGAGGCACAUGUUGGCUACGCCGCAAUGACCUCAAUACCUUUUUCACACCUACCAGAUAAGACGGGCAAGGGUGCCUUCCAUGACCAGCUCAGCGACGCCACGGUCACACUCAUCCGUCUACAGCGUGGCACCUUCGCGCUCAUCAGUUGCUACCUGGACUGCGUCAUUGGGCUCGUGGGUAGCAACGGCACCAAGCUCGGCAACGUCCUCAGGGCACUCAAGUGCAAGAUCCUGGCGCCAGAUGCCGACCUCACCUGCGCCAGCGGCAAGGGCCGAGUCCUCGACUAUCUGUUGAGGUUCGAGACCCCGACCGUAGAGACGCAGAUCGCCAAAGGUAUCAAGCGGGCACAGAGGGACAGGCAGCAGUACGAAAAGGCCGUCGAGGAAGGUUUGGACGACGAUGAGCUCGCCAACCUCCAGCACUUGACGAGCGAUACCUACGCCAAGAAGCACCGCGCCUUCUGCGCUGACGAUGCAUGGACCAACGCCAAAGACUACGCCGCCCACUGCCAGCUGGGGGACCCCCCGCCCUGGGUCCAAAGCUCCCUGGCGUACAGGGCCAACCCAGGCAGCGCGGGCAGCUUGGGCGAGAGAUACGGCUACUGGGCAAUGGCGGCGGGGAAGACGCUCGCAGAUCUAUGCGAGGUCAAGCCGCGUAACAACGCCAGGCGCGGCCAGCCCAUCAAGUACGUAUGGACUGCAGCUACCAGCCUCCUGAAGCAUCAGCGAGGCCACCAAGGGGCGGCUCGGAGACCUGAAGUCAACAUGUGGGGCACACUGCAAGGCAGGCUGACCGAGCUCAGACAGGUAUGCCUCAAGACUAACGGCACCUCUGGGCAGCGUGCGGCUAUCGAACACGUGAUCAUACUCACAUGCCAGCAGAUCAGGGGCGCCCAGAAGAUCAUGGAAGACGACCCCAGCGAAGACAGCAGGGCACUCCGUUGUACGGAGGCACUCGUCCGAGGCCAGCGCCUGCCAGUCCCAGACGACGAGCAGGACGAGUGGGUGACAACAAUAGAGGCAGUUCGCCAACGUGCGGAUUCACGCGACAAGAAGGCUUGGCAGGAGACCAGAUCUGCAGUACGCCACUGGACGGAGCAAGCACUCCAAGGAUCUAUGGGCGAGGGACACAGGUACCUCAGCAAGCCAGAGCGGAAGGACCUCAGCGAAGUCACCAUCGACCCACUGGAUGGACACCCAGAAGGCGACCUCCAGGACCUGCAAGCAGUCAUGGAAGGCCUGCGCGCCAAGGCCGACGCAGCCAACCGCAACCGAAGGCCAUGCGAGCUAGCCGACCUGGACAAAGCCAUGCGCCAGUUCAAGAAGACCACAGGCAGAGGCACGGACCAGUGGAGUGCAGCAGAGCUGGCCGCCCUCCCGAUCCCAGCCAGGCAAGAGUUGACCGACCUAAUCAAUGACCGCGAAGCAACGCUGUCUUGGCCCCACCAGUUCUACCACGUGUGGUGCCAGCUCCUCAGGAAGAACGACAGCGCGGUCGCAGGGGAGGAAAGACCCAUCGGGCUAUUCCCCAUAUUGGUUCGAGUCUGGGGCAGACUCACCAAGCACGAGGUGGGACAAUGGUGUGACGAGAGGGCUGCUUUCUGGGGCGCAGCGGUGACUGGCAGCUCCGCGCUCCGAGCCUUCAUCGUCGCGGCUUGCCUGAACGAAGCGGCUGCGCGCGGGCAUUCAGCUGAAGCAUGGGCAAGCUUGUUCCUGGACUUAGGGAAGUUCUAUGACAACAUUAACCUGGUCACGCUCAUCAAGAAGGCGGACGCCCUGGAGUACCCGCCCGUCGAGCUCUACUUAUGUACGCUGAUGUGUGUGGCGCCGCGGGUCGUGCGAGCCUCUGGUGCGUACGGUGCCCCACUGGCCCCAUGCAGCAGCAUCGUUGCAGGCUGCAACCACGCCAACAAUGCGGCUCGCAUGAUGCUAUGCGACAUCCUCGAACUUGCGCACCGCACCGCACCAAAGGCAUGGCCGCGCCAGUAUGUCGACGACGUGCAGAUCCGCGCGGAGGGAGCCUGCAGCAUCGUGGGGCACCAGAUAGCCACCAGCGCAGCAUCCAUCAUACGAAGCUGCGAAGCCGACCAGCUGCCCAUCUCAGGGAAGUCUGCGCUAGUCGCCUCGCACCCAGCAGUCCGGGAUGCAGUCGGCGCCACAGCGGCUGCCAUGGGCCUCACCCUCACGCAGGCCGGCAUCAUGAAGGACCUGGGCUGCGACACCACCAUUGGGAGAAGGAGACGCAGAGUGACCCAGGCCAAGCGUGCAUCACAGGCCAGGCAGCGGAAGAAGCGGGCCAAACAGUUCCUGCGGGCAGCCCGUUGGAGAAGACGAUCAGCGAGCCUGUGCCGCACCAGAGUCAGGGCCAAACAGCAGUACGACCAGGCCGCAACGGGCAUGACCCCACACGACAUCGUCAGGGCACGACCUGUGGCAGCCGACAUGGCGGGCAUCACGGCGGGGCGCAGAUGCACGGCUACGGUCCUCAUCCUCACGCACGGCGACAAGGAACCGUGGACGGCCAACGUCGUCCGCCAACUUCGCGAAUGGGUGCGCAUGUGGCGACGCAGUGGCGACCUACGCGACCGCCUCCGCGAAGCAUGGCACCGCGUGCAGAUCCACCUGGACAGCGUCACCAAGCGAGCGGAUCAGUGGACUGGUCAUCGCGGGCACAUGUGGCAAAUCUCAGAUGCCGUGGAUGCCAACCCCACUGAGGUCGAGGAGGCCAUCAAGGACGCCGCGACCAGCCUCCUUUGGAGCCAGGCGAGCAGGUACCCUAAAGGACAAGGACUACAGAGAGGCGCCGACAUCUCUGCGCUCCAGGGCAGCGCAAGUCUCUUCCGCAAGCUAGAGAGGCACCGAGAGGCAGGCGCGCUUGAAGCAUCCGCAUGCGCAGCGAUUUGGACCAACCAGAAAUGUCAUGCAGCAGGAUACCACACUCAACCUACGUGCACCCGCUGCCAGCUGGGAGUGGACGACGCGCCAUUCCACAUAUUGUACGAGUGCUCAGCCACGGACGACAUCGACCACCAGUGGGUCACCAGCACGGCGGCCCUGGUGGUCAGGGCGAGAGCUGUCAAAGACGACCCGCUGGAGCACGCCUUUUGGGUCAGAGGCAUCCUACCCAACGAUAUGUGCCCAAUCGACCCACCCCCAGAGUGGGGCAGCCUCGACGGCACGCACUGGGCAGUCGGGAACUUCGGCAUGCGCACUGGCGACGCCCGCUCCGUGGCAGCUGCGGUCGCAUAUACUGACGGCUCAGUCACGUCAGGCGACAAGCGCAUCGCCCGAGCAGGGUGGGGCAUAGCGCUGGAGCUGCCCGAAGACGCAGGCACCGACAUCGACGACUACCCAGGCUGGUUCGGCAUCCUGGACGGGCCCCAGACCGUCGCAGCAGCAGAGCUCGCAGCCAUCUACUGGACGCCCAAGCUCACCCACGGACCACUCACCAUCGUCACGGACCCCCAGACGGUGGUGGACGGGUGGCGCAGCUACAGCUAUGCCUGCCCAGAGGCCCCCCUGGCUAGAUGGUGGCAGCGCGUCCAAGAUGCCAUCAGAGAGCGAGAAGGAGGAAUGCGGGACGUCACCGUCAUCAAGUGCUACCCGAGAUCAG